AACAACCGUACAUUUUCAAAACGAGGACACUGGGACAACACAAAAUCGUAAGAUCUCUGAUGUUUUUGGCGUUGUCCAGUUGUGUUCAGAGAUCAUAGUUCACCAAAAAACAAUAGCAAUGCAAGCAUGAUCGUUUUACUCUAAGUGGCAACCUUGUUUUCUUUUUUGAACGACAAGAAGAAGGAUGCUAGGGUACGCUCUCCAAAUGUUUAUGGCCUAUGGCCUAAUUGUGACACACUCGUUUGGUGCAGAUCCAGAAGCGCACAUGUCUGUGGUAAGAUUUCUCCAAUAUGCUGUUUUAGUUUCAGGAAUCGCUUUUCGCAAAUUUCAGAGUUUCGCAAAAAAAUUGUGGUAUUGUGGCUGGAAAUUGGUGGUAAAUAAAACGGAACCUGAAAUAAUAGCCUACAAUGGAUAUCCAGUUGAAGAGCAUUUUGUGCAAACUAAAGAUGGCUAUAUCCUCGGCAUUCAUAGAAUUCCAUAUGGACGCAAUGACAAGGGUCUGAAUGAAUCCAGGCCUGUUGCUUACCUCCAACAUGGUUUGCUCUGCUCCAGUGCAGACUGGAUUGUUAAUCUUAGAAAUGAGAGUCUUGGUUUUCUAUUGGCUGAUGCUGGUUUUGAUGUUUGGUUAGGAAAUAGUCGAGGAAAUACAUACUCUAGAAACCAUGUUUCACUAAAGGUUGACUCCGAUGAAUUUUGGAGGUUCAGCUGGGAUCAAAUGGCCAGUUUUGAUCUCCCAGCUAUUCUUGGAUACAUAAAACAAAACACAAACCAAGAACAAUUAUACUAUGUUGGCCAUUCUCAAGGAACAAUGAUUGCUUUUGCUGAAUUUUCAUCAAACCAAGAGCUUGCAAAGUCAGUGAGAAAGUUCUUUGCACUAGGCCCAGUGACAUAUCUUGGAAACAUGAAAAGUCCUUUGAAGUACUUGGCUGACCUUGUUCCAGAAUUAAAGUUAUUGUUCAAAAUAUUGGGUGUCAGAGACUUUAUGCCUCAGUCCUGGUUGAUCAAAUGGUUUGCAUCACAUAUCUGCACCUUAUCCUUUGGUGAGAAAGUUUGUGCCAAUAUCAUAUUUAGUCUAUGUGGCUAUGAUGUACCACAAAUGAAUGAGACACGCUUAGAUGUCUACACAACACACUCACCAGCAGGGACUUCUGUACAAAACAUGAUUCAUUAUGCCCAGGCUUACAAAUCAAAGAAGUUUAUGAAAUAUGACUAUGGUGAAACAGAAAACAUGGAUGUCUACCAUCAAGCGACCCCACCUGAAUAUAAUUUAAAAAAUUUCAACGUUGAAACGAUCUUGUACUCUGGAGGGAACGACUGGUUGGCUGACCCAGAUGACGUCACACGACUUAUAGCCACACUUGCCCCUAAAAACGUGCUGAAAAAUAAGCAAAUAGAUGCAUGGAUGCACCUUGAUUUUAUCUGGGGCAUGGAUGCAACCAGUCUCAUUUACAAAGAUAUUAUCCAUGCGAUGAUGACUGAUUGGCGUGAACUAAAAAGUAGUAAAUCAAAAUGAGAUGAUAUGACUUUUUGGAAGAUGUCUUUUCACCCAAGCAAAUAAAUUUUAUGAUGCCUGAGAGAAAGAUUCAACGCAAAAUUUUGAAUUGUAGUUUGCAGAAUUAUCAAUUUUUACUUGAUUACAGCGCCAUCAGAAAGAUAUUUGAAUUUUUCUCAGAGGAACAGAAACGCGUUUCUCCGAUCGCCAGUUGUCAAUUUUAAUUGAUAAUUUGAACUUUUUUGACCGAAAACCUGAAGGAUUCUCCCUGUUUCUGAUGGUGCUAGAUUCCGAAUAUUUUAAUUGAUCAGUACAUGAAGAUCGUAAAUGGUCAAUACAGACUUUAAAUUAUAAAUAUUAUGUAAAAAUAUUGUAUUCCUCAGUGUUUUAUCGGUAAUGAUUUCCUAUAUUUAAAUUUUGCAGAAUUUAUAUUUCAACAGUAUUUUCAACAGUAUUGCGUUCAGUUUCUAGUGUAAGGAGUCAUCUUCUUAAGUUAUGUCUGCAACAGUUGCUUGGUUAGCCUUUGCCUUGAGUGAUAGUUCUAAUUUGCGGGAUAUUUUAGCUUCGUCAUUUUUAGGGCCUAGUUUUUCAAUCCGUCUCCUUUUAGUUAUAAAUUUACAUCUUCACCUUACACACACACUUUACAGGUUUGGAUCACACCAAGUCAGAGAUAAACAACGACUUUGUUUGCAUUUAGGCUCCAAGUAAAAGCUCUUCUUAGGUCAUUAAGAAUAUAGAGAUACCAUUUUUUUGAACCUAGACCCUUGUGACAUUUGAGAAGAAGUUCGUUAAAAACGUGACUGUAACUUGUGAUCAUGUGAUCUUUGUACUUGUGAUAAUAUGACCCUGGAUUUGACAAA